CUACUCACUUCAGUGCAGUCAUCACAUGUCAAGGAUGCUGCUUAUUUCAUAGCUGUUAGUGUCGCAGCAUCAUGGGAUUGGACGCAAGAAGAACUAGUCACAGAUAGCAACCAAAGAACAAAAGCACACCAUAGGAAAGUGCUCUCAAGUAAAUUACCGAACUGGUAAUGGGAAGGAAGGUCAGUAAUGUUCUUCUUCAGGACCUAGAGGAAAGAGUCUUAGAGGCUCAACAUGCCUGUGCAGCGAAAAAAACAACAAAGCACAUUGUUUGUCUGGUAGCUUGGUGUGUAGGACAGAAACAAACUGCUGACCUCUCUUGACAUCUAUAGGACGAAGAAGAGUUGGGCAGCUUUACAGUUGCACAUAGAGGCAGACAAAAACACAAAGAGGCUGGUCGUGAGUGAUCAAGCCCUAGCAAUUGCGGGCAGUAGUUAUCUGGUCUCAGCUGGUUGGCAGAUCCCCACUUUUGUUCAGCUGACAGACGAGGGUCCAGAAGGUGACUAACAGGAUGAGGCCAGGGAGCCACGUGGCCCCCUCGAGGAUUACAAGCAGCAAGAAGAAGGUAAAGAGAUUACGCUCAAAGCAGAGCCUGCUUUUUUAACCUUGUAACUGUUGUUACACUGACAGCAUGGAAGGAAACUCCUGAGCCAAAAUAUCAUCUAUUCCCAGAUUCUCUUCCUUUGCCUCUCCUUCCUCCCUUGCUCCCACUGCUCGUCCAUUCAUGCAAUCACCUCUGCAGUGUACUGGGAUCCCACAGCAUCCAGGAACUAACGAUUGCAGAAGCUGAGUUUUGGUGCCUGCCAAGAACUCCUAUGCACUGAUGAGGAGACUUUUAUACAUUCUGCUAAAGAACUCGAAAUAAGGAGAUUCUGGAUUUUAUUGCUUUUUGCCACAGUCACUUUACAAAUGAUAACUUUACACUUUAGCCCAUCAUGCUUUUGAAGUCGGGACUAUUCUUAACUUUGUGUCUAUUUACCCUCCAAGCAAGUCAAAUCAAAGACCUUCACGACCACAGCUUUUCUGGACUCAGGGAUGUAAAGUACCGACACUUUCUGGAAGCUUCCAGGCCAAUCCCACAUGCAACCAAUGUCAGAGCAGAGCAGGGUGGACAUCGGGGAAAGAGGUCAACGAUCUUCACUACGGGUGUCAAAGUGUGUCCCCAGGAGAGUGUGAAAGCAGUCAUCGGCAGCCACCAGGCCUAUUACAAACUCAGAGUUUGUCAGGAAGCAAUUUGGGAAGCUUUUCGGAUCUUCUUGGACAGAGUGCCAAACUCAGAAGAGUACAGGGCCUGGGUUUACACCUGCCAGCAUGAAAACCUCUGCAUGGACGACUUGGCUCACAAUUUCAGCAGCUCUCAGGAGCACCUGGACAUGGUCGCCAGAAGAGUAGCUGAGGAAAAUGAAGGAAUUGAAUCUGGGACUGCAGAGCCAGGAAGUGAAUGCACCUGGACUCCGCCUGUGAUUCUCCUUCCAACUGAGGCUGAUGUGGUAAAAGAGAUAAACCCCAGCAUGAUGAAAGAAAACUAUGAAGAGUAUAUUGUUGAGUUCAGGAUCACCAUCGUGGAUCCGACAUACAGCGAACUGCUCAGUAACCCCGAGACUGCACAGUACAAUGACAUCGCCCGAGACCUCAAACAAAGGAUGCUUCAUGUGUUUGAAAAAGUUCCAGGAUUCAAAGAGAUACGUGUUCUGGGAUUUCGACUGGAGGAUGUGUCUGUACGGUAUGCUGUGGUCUUUAAUGGAGAAACAGAGCUGAAUGAGGAACCUGAGGGUUAUGUCACAAACACAGGGGAAGACGUAAAUGCUCCUAAACUAAAGCACAUCAUUGUAAAAGCGUUAAAGCAGGAGACAUCACUACCACUGGACAUACAGACACUAAGCUUUGAGGCUGUAACCACAGUUUAUCCAGUUGCUGAGCUCAACUUGAAUCCUGUUGAGACUGUAAUAUCCGAGGAUGACACCACAGAGGCACCAACAGAGGACAACGCUCUCACCCAAAGUUUCUUCCCCACCUUGGGAGUGAUUGAAACCGCAUUCGAAGCUUCUACUGUCAAACCAGAAACACACACGUUUGUGCCUUUCAUCCCCAACAUCCUCCCAGAAGUCACUUCUGCCUUCACAGUGGAGAAUCCUUUAUCGGCAGCUGUAGAAGAGGAGUCCACAAACGAUGCUGCAGAGGAGGCCGUUACACAAGGAGCAAAAGUGGAGACUCUCACAGAGCAGGUGGAGGAAGCGGAGACAGAGGUGGAGGAAAUACCAUCAGCUGAACAUGAAGAAGGAGGUGAGGGUGAAUCAGAGGAGGAGGUAACAAAAGAACCCAGGCAAGCUGAUGGGGGGAAUGAGCAUCCAGAUCAAAAGGAUGAGGACCUUUCUGUAACAACUCCAAACCUCCAGCCUAAGGAAGUUAUGACUGAUGCUGAGGUUUUGACUGACCUAUCACUGCCUACUUACCCUAUCCCAAUUUUGGAGAUGUCUAUCACAGAAACAGCAGCACCAGUUUCCACACCAUCACCACUUGAGGGCAAAGUCCAAGGCAUUGAACCAGAAACAGAUGUGAAGUCUUUGCCAUCCCCUGUGGACAGCAGCAAAGCCCCUGAGGAUGCCAAUGAGUCAAGUGGAGGGCACAGUGGAGUAGCCCCGGUCUCAGUGGACCUUAUUGCUGAGAGUUCAAACAGUCAAAAGAAAGGAGGACAGAGUCAGAAUGGUACAGAGUUGGUGUCCAAGCCCCAUGAAGUGGAAAGUGGUAGUGGAGUCGCCUCAGAGUCUGAAGAACGCCCAUAUGAGUCCACUGCUGCCCCAAUCAUUAGACAAGCCAGCACACCUCUGAUGACAGCAGUGGAUAAGAGCAAAGAGUUAGUGGUUUUCUUUAGCUUGAGGGUCACUAACAUGAUGUUUUCUGAUGACCUGUUCAACAAGAGCUCUCCUGAGUAUAAGACACUGGAGAAUACGUUUCUUGAACUGACACAACACUCUGGGUCCAGAAAUUCGCCAAACCCUGGAGCUUCCAGUAAAUCUGGGCCUAGGAGACAGACGACUUUAGCCUCCAUACCGGUAUUUUUUUCCAUAUUGGAACUGCAAUAUAAUUCUAAUGCCUCAGAGAAAGUUAACUAACCUUUUCCAAAUGCAGUAACUAAAAAAUCACGACAUCUCUUAACAUUUCUAACAGUUCUCAGUUAUUCAGCUUUAAACUUAAGCUUUACUUUCAACCUUGUAGUAAAUUAUAGACUCUCCUGCUAGCCUGCUACAAUGCAUAGUUUUUAUCUGUAAGUCUGAUUCUGUUUAGGGGGUUUGACUUUGUGUGUUUCGCCUUAAUGUUUGACUGCAGUUUUGCUUUUACAGCAAGAUGUACUAUGAAGCAAAUUUGUUUUACUAGUGCUUUGCUUAAUGAAUCAUCAAAUCCCAAAUUUUAAAUGUAGAAUAUGUAAAAUUCAAAACCAGGCAUGAGAAAUUUUGUGCCACCAUGCAGACGGCUCAACAGGUUUUCUCUAAGUUGAGAAUUGAUACCAGUCAUGGGGCAUAUCAUGUUAAAAAGAAAUAACCUUCUCAUGUCUAGGUUAUGUGUUCAGCAUAGUUGACCAUGGUGAUGUUGCCAAGCUAAAAGAGAGUCACCAUUGUGACACAAAAAACUCCUGUUGCAUGGCCUCAGCUUACUUAUCUUACCUAUUAAUCUUGCUUCCUGGUACAACUCUGAAGUCUAGACUCUCUUUGACUCGUUGUCAGCAUACUCCUGGUUUCUGCAAACAGAGGGGUGGCCAUGGGUUUCUCAAAAGUUUCUCUAUAAAAAACAGUAAUGAUUUUCUUUAUUGCUCAAUCUGUGUCAGGUUAGCUUAGCACAACAUAUCCCAUUUGCCACUUGAGGUCACUGACCCCAACCAAGUAACAGAGCAUCACAUCACCGCUCAUAAAAUCAGUCUAGCUAGCUGUUUCCCCACAUUUCAGCUCUUAAAAGUUGCCUGCAAACUUUAAGGAUCCUACAUUUUUGUGCUAAGUUAGCUAAAUCAGAGAGAGUCAUAUAAAUCUGUGCACCUAUUUCUUUAAAGUACAACACUGAAAGCAAAACAUCUAUGUAGUUAUCCGUGCUUACAAGCUUUGUGGAAAGUACUGCAAAUGUGCUACUAGCUGACAUUGCUUUGUUAUUAUUUGUGAGCCUGUGAGUUUAAAUUUACGUGUAAAGUGUAUACUUCUUCAGGUUUUAUCUUUUAAACUGGGAAAUGCAGUAUGCAGUGAAAGUGUCCUGCAGUUAGCUAUUCACCGCAAUCUCUGACAUUUACUUUUGCAUUGUCAUUUAUUUAUUGGUAUGUGUGAUUUUUGCUUGUUUGGGGCCUUAAAGAUUAACCCAGAGAGUGGCGGAGUAAAUAGUAAAUAAGUGGGCCAAGAAAAUAUAGUACAGAUGUCACAUAGCUUUGUGAAUUUUAUAUAUGUUAGAAAGCAACCUAGCUCAGGGCAGUGUGAGUCAUGGGACCUUGGUCUGCCUUAGUCAUUGGUUGUGACCCGAGGUAAGAAGCUUUAAUUCUAGUCAGUUCCAGCACCACACACAUUAUGCUAUUAGUGGUUUCCAUCUGCUUAGUGUGAUGGCAGUAAAGUUUAUAUGGACAUCUGCAUGCAUUUUGCAUCAUUUAUUCUGAAUGGGUACCUGUCAAAAUAGGCACACUGUAUAUAUGUACUACUAUUGGCCAAGAGAAAAUGAAAUAAAGCCAAUCACAAGCUGGACAAUGUUAUGUUAUUUUAUUUGGAUAUUUGAGUGUAUGACCUGCAUAUAUUUUAUUUCCCCCCCAAAAAAGAAGUGUACAUUAGCUGCUGGCAUGUAUGUACAUGAGGACGAUGUCUCUUUAAACCUGCAUUUGCCACAAGCAUCAAAGAAAGAGGCAUCACUUGACAUCUCUGUUUAGUUUUGAUGCUUGCCCCUAGGUAUUUUUAGGCCCACUCAGAAGAGCCCUGCAUUCU